AUGUACAAUGACUUAUUAUUAAAUAUACUCGCUUUAACUACUGCUAAUGAUACUCUUACUGAUAGUAAUAGUACAAGUAGUAGUAGUGGCGAGUAUCUUCCAGAUUUACCUAUUAGAAUGCAGAGAUUAUAUUUAUUAUAUUCUUCAAUUAGAAUUAUUUUGUAUUUUUAUUUUUCCACAGUAUCAUUUGUACAAAUUAUUUAUCUAUAUGCCGAGGAAUCAACUCUAUCACUCAGAUUGAUUUUGGCAAAAUUCCUAGGUAGAAGACUUAUGGUACAGCUUCGAAAGAUGAUGAAAUCGUCAUGGGGACAAACUCAUUCCAACGUACAUCUCAGAAGGACAAUUCUCCUACUUUCUUGUCUGCUUAUUGUCACCUUGAUCAUCGUUGUAAAGACAAUCUUUAGCAUUUUCAUCUUUAAGGAUACCUUCCUCAACCAGUGGAAAUUAGAUUUCGUAACAAUGAUCAUCGAAUUGGUGAUGGUUGCAAUCGUAAUGGCUGGUGUAUCUGGUAGUUAUCCAUCUCGAAUGUAUGCUUAUAGAGAUGCAUCGAAAUUCGAAGAGAAAAAAUCAAACACAGGUUCAGAGCUUUCAUCAAGGUCGGAACAAACCAAAUCUAAAUCUUCCAGUUCUGGCUCUGGUUCAAAGGGUGAGAAAUCAACAGUUUCAACAUUAUCGUCAACCUUGAAUUCAACUUAUUUAGAUGACAGUGCAAUCAACAGUUCUGAUAAUAAUAUAUAA